GGUGGGGUGGGGAGCGGAGGGUGCCAGGUUGCACUGUCCUGACGCUUGCAGUGUGUGCCAUGUCAUCAGAGGAUCACCCAUCAGGGCAUUCUCCAACGCCUCUCUAAGGCACCCUGUAUCCAGAAUGUGGGCCCCAUUUUACUGGUGUGGAGACUGCGGUCCAAAACAACUGCCUUGGGCCAACACCAAGAUAGUUGCAGGGGUUAAGGCUAUUUCGAUUUGGGGAGAGCUUACUGGUGCCCAACUCAGAACACAGUUGUGAAUUGGAACAGGAAGGGCAUGCCAGGGCACAGGCCUAGGCCAGCCCUCUGGGGUACGCUGCUUCCUGGGUAGCUGUGGGCAGCUAUCAACAGCCCAAGGGGAAGUGAGGACAUUGUGCCGUUGGGGAGGGGCGAUCCUGAAAGACCAGGGAGCAGAGGACGGGCUUCAGGCUGGACUGUGAAGGGCAUGCGAGGCUCUCUCUGGCCUGUGGAGUAUUCCAAUACCUCCAGGUAUUCCAAAUCCCAGGAGGAUGUCCCUGCAGGAGCAAAAGGUCUGGGAGGGCGGGCAAGUUCUAGAAUAUGUGCUGCGCAGAAGUACAGACAUAACCAGCAGGAGGUGAGGGGCUGGAGGUCAGGAGAGCGUGGGGAGGAAAUGGCCUUGAGUGCCAACGUAGGAAGUUGGGGGUCUGUGCUUUCGUAGCCAUUGCUGGGGUCAGUGCCCUGGACUCUCAGCCCUGGGGAAGGGCACCUGCAGGUCUUCACUCCUUUUCGCCUCCCAGCCAAGUUCCCACUCCAGAUGGCCGGCGUAGGCAUCCAUGUGGCUGCUAGUGAGGGCGCCAAGGGGGGGCUUCACACACACACAGGCGUACACAUACGUUUUUGUUAUAGGUGAAAUGUUUUGCAAAGGCAGUGCCUGCCCUCCCCACAACCCCAUGUAACCCCCUCCGCAAGACCGUCCUGGGUAACUGCUCCUUACUGGACCUACUUACCUAUUCUCUGAGCCUCAAUAUUCUCGUCUGUAAACUGGGACGCAGAGACCACGUACUUCUGCAACACGUGCGGGCAGCCGCUGUGCGCGCGCUGCCGCGAUGAGACGCACCGGGCACGCAUGUUCGCGCGCCACGACAUCGUGGCCUUGGGCCAGCGCAGCCGCGACGUGCUCCAAAAGUGCACACUGCACGCCGAGCCCUACAUCAUGUUCUCCACCGACAAGAAGUCGCUGCUGUGCAUCCGCUGCUUCCGGGACAUGCAGGGGGAGAGCCGGGCUCACUGCGUGGACCUCGAGUCGGCGUACGUGCAAGGCUGCGAGCGGCUGCAGCAGGCGAUGCUGGCGGUGAAGGCCCUGCAGACCGCCACAGGGGAGGCCAUCGCACUGCUGCAGGCGAUGGUGGAGGAGGUGCGACGCAGCGCGGCGGAUGAGGAGGCCGCCAUCCACGCCCUCUUCGGCAGCAUGCAGGACAAACUGGCAGAGAGGAAAGCGCUGCUGCUGCAGGCUGUGCAGAGCCAGUAUGAAGAAAAGGACAAGGCCUUCAAGGAGCAGCUCUCCCAUUUGGCUACUCUGCUGCCCACCCUCCAGGUCCACCUGGCCAUCUGCUCUUCCUUUCUCAGCUUGGCCAACAAGGCUGAGUUCCUGGACCUGGGCUAUGAGCUGGUGGAGAGGCUGCAGGGCAUCGUCACGCGGCCACAUCGCCUACGGCCCGCACAGAGCAGCAAGAUCGCCAGCGACCACCGCGCCGAGUUCGCGCGCUGCCUGGAGCCGCUGCUGCUGCUGGGACCGCGCCGGGCGGCGGGUGCCGGGGGCGGUACCAGCACGCUAGCAGGGGGCUCGGGCCCCAAGGUGCUGAUGGGACCCAGCUGCCCCUCCCCCGUGGGAAAGAUGUUGGGGUCACCGGUCCAAAAGCCCACGCUGCACCGGUCCAUCAGCACCAAGGUGCUGCUGGCGGAGGGCGACGAUUCACCCUUCACGGAACACUGCCGCCACUUUGAGAACUCCUACCGGGUGAGGGGGCCAGGGACCUGCCAGCUGGGAAAGGCCCCACCCCUUCUCGCCAAGCGCCUGCAGGCAGAGAUGCAGAACCUGAAGGACCAGGUACAGGAGCUGCACCGGGACCUCACCAAGCACCACUCGCUCAUCAAGGCCGAGAUCAUGGGUGACAUCCUGCACAAGUCCCUGCAGGUGGACACACAGAUCGCCUUGGAGUAUGCUUCCGUGGAGGGCAUGAGAGCAGUCUUCCAGGAGAUUUGGGAGGAAUCCUACCAGCGCGUGGCUAACGAGCAGGAGAUCUAUGAAGCCCAGCUCCAUGACCUUCUCCAGCUGAAGCAGGAGAAUGCCUACCUGACCACCAUCACCAAGCAGAUCACGCCCUACGUCCGCUCCAUUGCCAAGGUGAAGGAGCGGCUAGAGCCCAGGUUUCAGGCGCCUGUGGAUGAACCGUCAGACCAUCUCCAAAACACGCAUGACGAUGGCGUGAACGGCGAGGCCCAGGCCAGGAACGAUCCAGGGAGUGUCUCGGAGAGGAGAGAGAAGACCUCAGAGCCGAGAAACAGCCGGACCCUGAGCAGCCUCGCAGAAGAGCCUCCACUGAAAAAUAAAGAUGCUCACAGACCCAAACUGAAAAACGGGGGUGACGUCCCCACAUGGAGAGAGCGCCCAGCUUAGCGUGGGACUGCUCCUGGAGGUCGGGCGUCUUACAACGUGCACAUCAACGCUGGGAUAUUUAAGAAAAGGCGGUUCCCAUCAUGCUUUUCUGUUUAAUGUGUAAUAAUCACGCAUCAGCAGAAAAACCCAGACACUCUCUGCCAGGUCCCAAUUUCAGGUUCUUUGGCUUGAGCCAGACUUCGUGUUGCCCCGAAUCUUGGUCCUCACCAAGGUGACUCGGGACGGCAUCCCAGUCGGCGUGGAAAACGUUACCUGAGUGAACGUCCAGCCGGAAGCCCCUCACUACCCCUGCACCUCCCUGGUGUCUGUGUGCUCGUCCCGUGAGCGCCCGCUGUGGUGGGGUGUGCACCCGUCUGAAUUUCGGGUGAUGAGACCCGCCCACUGUGCAGCACCUGCCCUACCACAGAGGAAUCCGGCUCUGCCUGACGCACAGCCCCACUGUUCUCCGGGCGCCGCUGGAAAGCUCCCCCCUCUAAUCUGAGCGCUGACUCAGCAUAGGGGAGAAAACCCUUUGCUCCAGCUUUUCUCACUGUAGGGCCAGGGCUGAGCGCAUAAAGCAACGCGAUAGCACCUGGUGGCCUGCGUGGCAGGAGAUGGCCUCCGUCACGACUUCCCCACCGAUGUCCCCGCCUGUCACUCUCCUGUGUUCACCUUCUAUAGAUAUUAAAGCACGAUUCACCAGCAA